AUGUUGCUUCUUGGGAACCACCAGACGAUUCUCAAAGAGAACAGCACCUCGAUCAUCCAUAGAGAAACAUCCACCAACUCCCUUCUUAAUGUUUCUCCUGAUGCGGGUAACACCCCUAUCAAACUUCUGGUCAGAAAUGAUCUGAUCCUCAAGGGGGCGUGGGGCCUCACUGUCAUAGGCACAGGGGGCCUAUCGGGCGCGGGGCUAACGGGCGUGGCCCGAACGGGCGCUGGUCAGUGCGGGAGCACCCGGCUAGGCGCCGCGGGCGCCGGUGGCCAUGGCGGGGCGGCCGCAGUCGGCCGGAAGCGGGUUGGGACGACGUCCGGCGAGGAGGCCGCGGGCGAGCGGCGCGAGGAGGAGCGGGACGAGCGGGCGACGGUGGGUGGUAGCAGCCGCUGCAGCGGUGACGAGCUGCGGCGGUGCGCGGGACAGCAGCAACAGCUCGCAGCAGCGAGCAGCAGGGGGAGGCGAGCAGGCGCGGCCGGCAACGAUGACUACGGGGCGAGGCGGGCGCGGUCAGCAACGACGCCAGGCAGCUGCAGGAGCGCAGCAGUAGGCGGGGGAGGGGGCAGCAGCAGCGUCGGGCGCAGCGGGCGGCAGCGAUGCAAUAGUAGGGGAGCGGGGCAGCGCACAGCUGCGGGCACGGCGCGGGACGCAGGCCUGGGCGCGGCCAGGCGUGAGCAGGGGCGCGCAGUGCGCAACCAACGGCCACGGGCGAUGGGGCGGGCGCGGGGAGUACGGUGGCCGCCGGCGGCGGUGAAGCGGCGGCAACAGAGGCGCGGGGUCAGCGGGCGAGGGGCGUGGGGCCUCAUUGUCAUAGGCACAAGGGGCCUAUCGGGCGCGGGGCUAACGGGCGCUGGUCAGUGCGGGAGCACCCGGUUGGGCGCUGCUGGCGCCGGUGGCCACGGCGGGGCAGCCGUAGUCGGCCGGAAGCGGGCUGGGUCGGCGGCCGGCGAGGAGGUCGCGGGCGAGUGGCGCGAGGGGGAGCGGGACGAGCGGGCGAAGGUGGGUGGUAGCCGCCGCUGCAGCGAUGACGAGCUGCGGCGACGCGCGGGGCAGCAGCAACAGCUCGCAGCAGCGAGCAGCAUUGUGAGGCAAGCAGGCGUGACCGGCAACGACGACUACGGGGCGAGGCAGGCGCGAUCAGCAGCGACGCCAGGCAGCAGCAGGAGCGCAGCUGUAGGCGGGGGGAGGGCAACAGCAGCGUCGGGCGCAGCGGGCGACAGCGACGCAACACUAGGGGAGUGGGGCAGCGCACAGCUGCGGGCACGGCGCGAGACGCGGUCCUGGGCGCGGCUAGGCGUGAGCAGGGGCGCAUAG